GCUAGUGCUUUUCCCAGCGCUGCACCUCUCUCCUGUUGCCAGUCUUCGUCGGACGGACCAACGUAGUAGUUACACGACCCGGGCUUUGGAAACGGUUAUCGGGGUUAAUUGGGCGUUAAAACUUGGAUACUGUUCGCAAAUUCGUCGUACUGCAACAAUGUUCACAAGUUUAGGGAGCUUGGAAGUUUCGAGAGUGACUACAGCCGCACCAGCCUUUGAAGUGAGGCCAGGAGUGUGAACUGCUCUCCAGCCAAACCGGCUCCUCCUCCUCGGCUCCUGACACACUUUUUUUGUGAGAUAGUGGGAGUUCAACGGAACCAAACCAAAGGACCCCGCCAAAGGACAUCAUUUAGUCCUUUAAAUCUUUAGAAGGAAUACCCACUUAACAGGACCUAAACAUGGGGAACCAGUUAACAGAAAUUGCCCCUAGCUUCCAGUCUCUCCACGUCGUGGUAAUUGGUUUGGACUCUGCAGGGAAAACCUCCCUCCUCUACAGGCUCAAGCUACGGGAGUUUGUCGAGACGAUCCCCACCAAAGGCUUCAAUAUGGAGCGGAUUAAAGUGCCCAUGGGCAACUCGAAAACCAACAGCACCACGUUCCAGGUGUGGGAUGUCGGCGGCCAGGACAAACUUCGGCCCCUCUGGAAGUCGUACACCCGGAGGACCGACGGGCUGGUGUUCGUGGUGGACGCAGCCGAGGCAGAGCGCAUGGAGGAGGCCAAGGUGGAGCUCCAUCGGAUCAGCCGCUCGGCGGAGAACCAGGGGGUGCCCUUGCUGGUUCUGGCAAACAAACAGGACCUGGAUGGAGCCAUGUCACCUUCAGAGGUGGAGAAGGUUCUGGCUCUCCAUGAGCUGAGCUCGUCCACGCUGCGCCACACACAGGGCUGCUCGGCGCUGGAUGGUCAGGGCCUGCAGCCCGGCCUGGAGAAACUCUACGACAUGAUCCUGAAGAGGAAGAAGACGCUCCGACACAGCAAGAAGAAGCGAUGAGGCGGCAAGAUCGCUGCGGUGCUUGGGGACAGAUGUUACUUUUUGAACCACUACUUGUCUGAGGACCUCCUCAGCAGCCACGUCUGAGACACUUCAGUGGGUGAAACCAGAGGGAAGCUGUCGGUCCUCCAGACAAGUUGCAAACUUUGGCUCUCAAGUCUGUUCCAAAUGGUAACACCUUCCUUCACCGUAUAGACAUUUGGACAUCUGCUUCCUUUGGGAUUGUGUCUGCUCUUGAGCACUCCUCCUUCGCCCCAUGUCCCAUCUUUGAAGCAGCACGGCAGAGAGACUAAAUGCCCCAGAGGGGGCAACAGAAGAAAACCUGUGCAAUAUAUGAAUGAACACUCACUGAUGCAUGAACACUCACUGAUGCACUAACAUCAAUAUUGAAGGAUAUUUUGAACCAGUACUGUGGUGCCAACAGAACCCUGCAGGCCUGGCCUGAGCAAAGUUCCUGUUCCUAUCAACUUUCAAUGUCACACUUUACUCCAAAUCUUUAUGUUGCAUGAUGUUCACCCAAAUACCUCUUUGGGGAUAUUAAGACAACACUUUUGUUGAUCAAAAGAUAUGUUAAGAUUAUUCUAGGUUAGAAACUGCCCAACGUUCAGUUGGCACAGCAAUUAACACGUGCCACCGAUGUGACAUUUGCACACUUACAGUAUGCACUGAGGCUGCACAAUCCAACAAUACAAGUUUAGAUUUAGUUUUUCACUCCUUACCAAAGUUGUUUGCUUGUCACAGUUAGGUGUAUUCCAGGUUUGGCUGGAUGUUUGGUUGGUUAGUUGAAACAUUAAAUAGUUUUUUAUAUCGAGUACAUUGUGUUUUGUAGAAUGUCAACAUGAAUAAAUUAUUGAGCAUCUUUGGCAUUA